GACCAGAGGAGAAGCAGCAGUUUGCCAAUGACUGGUGAAGACACUGGUUUGGGGGCUUUGGCCUCACCACUGGCGGGGUAUUUGGGAAAAGUCAGUAGAGCUUAUGCUUUCCUCUCGCUGUUGUCACUUGCGCAAAGCUGAAUUAUAUUUGAAAUAUACUGUGACUGGGCAGUACCAAUCCAAAUCAAACAAAAGAAAAAAAAAAAACACAAACGGAAAUCUUUAGUAAAAGGCGAAAGGUUUGGUUUGGCUUGAAGCCUGUAAUGAUGUUGGGACUCAAAGAUUGUUCUAUACAUUAUGAGAAACUGUGUACUGAAUUAUUACCAUAUUUAUCUAUUUGGAAGAAAAGAAUGGUUUGCUAUUACUAUUUACUUUAAAGUUUCAUGUACUUUUAUAUGUAAUUGACACCUACUGAUGAAAUUCCACUUUACAUUUGCUGUUUAGCUUCACUAAUAAGAAGAAAUCAAAGUUAAAACAAAAACCACAAUCUUGCUCUCACUUGUAUGCUCAAAUUCUACAAGGUUCACGAAAGAGCUGCUUCACUGGAGUGUUGUCCCUGGUGCACGUCAAAGGGCCUGAACUAUGCUCUGCGCUCGUACCGCAUCAACCUCCAGGAGUCAAUCACCCUCUGCACAAACCCACAGUGCCUCUUCCCUCUGGUCAGCCAGCCCUUGGAGGAUGUUUUGGCUAGCUUGGAUCCUGUGGAGCCCACUGUUGGAAACAAAAGAAAAAAUGCCUUUGCAAUGGAAAAGGAAGAGGUGAUUAAACCCUCACCCAAACGUCUGCGUUCAAGUGAACCUGACAGUUUUGGGCCACAAAAUGCCACUGACACACAUCUCAGCCCAGCAGAGCAUGGUGCUGUAAAUGGUCAACAUGCAGCAACCAAGACAGACAGUGGAAAGGUAAACGGAUACCACAGCAACUGUCCAGUUGCAGAGGCAACAGGAUGGGAAGAUGUUCAGAAAGGGAAACCAGAGAAUGCUGCCUGUACAGAUGGUCUUGCUUCUCCUACAGCCUCAGCUGGACACCCGCAGAGCUCCUCAGAAGCCUUUUUCACCGCUGAUGGGGAAGAGCCAGUGCUCUCUCCUCAUUGUGGUACAUCAGAGGCAGAGGAAGACUUCAGGCAGGUGAAGAGUACUCCUGAGGUGCUGAACAAACGCUGCAGUCUGGACUCCAAUCAGUCCAGCUUCACAAAUGUGGACAUUUGUUCAACUGAAAUCAAAACACCAUCGCCUCAGCAGAAUGAGCAGAUAGCAAGGACAGAGCAGAAAUCAAUGACUGCCGACAUCACCACACGUAAGGAUAUAGUAGGUGUUAAAUCAGAAACUGAAGAUUUGUCCUCUACCUCAAUAACGGAGUCAGAGGUACUUGUAUCUGUGCUCAGUCAGCCUUUCUGGAGGAACAGCGACAGCUUGUGUUGGCUGGAUGCUCUGCUUGUUGCUUUGGUAAACUGUAAGAGCUUGAAAACAUGUCAACCUAAAGAUGAGCCUCAGCGCUCAUCUGUGUGGCAGCUGAUUAAAGGAUAUGAAGACGCUUGUGCUGCCAUCCAAGUCCACCAGCAGACAGGCAGGGAUGGUGCUGUGAGGGUGCCAAAUCGUGUGCGGGAAAAGGCAAAUUCAGACCUACAGAGUCUCAGGAUGUCACUUUUCAAACUACUGCAGCCCAAGCUACGCUGCAAACUGGGUCAGAGGGAAACUCCCGUGUUUGCUAUGCCGCUUGUGCUCGCCAUGGACUCUUGGGCGGAGCCUCUCUUUCAGUCGACCUUUCAUUGGGAGUUCAAGUGCAGCGAAUGCAAAACUUCCACAAAAGAGAGGUCUACGAAAACUCUUCCCACUUUCACAAAUAUUGUGCCUGAUUGGCGUCCACUUCACGCAGUUCACUUGGCUCCGUGCAACGUGUGCCGCAAGAUGAAUCAGAGCAGGACUUUGAUGCUGGAGAGAGUGCCUCCAGUGUUCGCACUGCACUUUGUUGAGGGGCUUCCUGACAAUGAUGUCACCAUCUACACCUUCAACUUCAAGGGGAAACGCUACUCGGUCACCACUGUCAUACAGUACAACCAACACCUGAAGCACUUUGUCACCUGGGUUUGUCAGUCUGAUGGGUCGUGGCUGGAAUUUGACGACUUGAAACAUCCCGAUUGUAAGAUCCAUCGGAAGCUGCCGGUUCCCGCUCAGGAGAUGCAUAUAGUCUUCUGGGAGGCGGAAGAGGAUAAAGAGCCUUGUGCCUGUUCUCCCUCCAGCACAUUUGCUGAAGCCCCCCCAUCCAAACAUGGGAUGAAUGGGACUGAAUCUGACUUAGUAGCAGAUGAACAGUUGGCUUGCACUCCAGAUCAGUCUCUUCUAAUCUCGCAGAAUGACACUGACAUUGUCUGUGCACUCUCUGGCGACAGCAGCAACGUCAUGGACACAACGGUUACAGCUGGUGUUGAUACAUCGAUCGGUUCCACGACGCUGCUUGACACCUUUGAGGGCCUCACCCACAGUGACAUUAUUACUCUCACACUGGUAGAAUUAAAAGCAGAUUCAGAAAUACAACCUCUAAAUGACGACGAACAAACUCAGGAUCCGAGUGUUCCCAGAAGGAAUGAAACACCGGAUAGUUCCUCUGUUGUAUUAGAUAGCGAUAUGUCUCAGGGCCGUGACAACGAUUUCCGCGCCACCUCCAACUCGUCUGAACCUGAAUCUGAUGAUGGCUCGUCCAGCGAUCCCACAUUCGUGCCCGAUGCCAGAAGAGGACGAGGCCGGGCGAUGGCCAAAAGCAAAACUGUCAGCAAACAACAAAAAGGGAAAAAGGCAGCCAGGACAAAAGCAGCUCCACCUGUUUCACCACCUGCGUCUUCAGAGCCUUCAAGUAACAGUAACAAACCUGUGGACGCUGCUGCUCAGGACAACGCACCACCUGUUGAAACUACACAGCAAGUGUCGCCUGUGUCUUCUACAGAUACCGCCAGUCCCACGACGCAGCCAUCACUAGAUCAGAACGCACGCUGGUCCUUCCUGCUCAGCAAACACCCACUAAACCAUGUUCACAAGUCCAUUGCUAAACCCCCCCCCACACGCACACCCUCUUCAGUCAGGCAAAUAAAGCCCACUCCUCCUACUCACUCGACCCCCAACCCAGUGAGAAGACAGCAGUCUCCUGCCGUACUCUUCCCUAAACCACAGCUCAGGACAGAGGAAAGUGAGGGUCUCCCGCUGAAAGCUGCAGAAAUGUACGGCGCAUUCGGCGCAACGAGCUCAAACACCCCAAGUCCGCUCCCGUCACCUGCACUUCUUAAUGGCAAAUCAAAGUUCUGUCAAUCCAUCACUUCUGACCGCCAGAAACCACUAAUGAACACUACGGCGAUGUCUGGUACAUCACUUCCUGCACUCGGAGUGAAGAAGUUUCCUGAAAUAUCCUCCUCAAAGAAGCAAAGCCACCAAACCUCAAAGCUUCCUCCAGGUCUCAGCGACACUGAAGCCCUCAGGUACAAGCUGAUGAAGAAACUGAAGGCAAAGAAGAAGAAGCUCGCUAAGUUGAAUGAACUGUUGGGUCAUCAUGGGGGAGCGAGCCGACCUGACAGCACUGACCUGGGCUCUCCUAACACAGUCACCUCCAGCACCUAUGACGGCUCCAACUGCGACGAGAUUCUCUCGGACUUGCUCUCGCCUGCAACGACGGCCAGCAAUCUGUCACCAGACAGCACUGGCUUCCUCGAGAUGAUUGCCAACGGGCAAGAUGGAGUCGACCGCCUGGACUGUGGGGUUUACGCCACUCGUGAUGCGUCACAGACGAACACCGUUGUGAACGGGCCCAACACUGAAAACUUCCUGGAUGAGUUUCUUACGCAGGCUGUGGCUCAGCAGCCGACUGAGAUGGAGACGGAGGCGCUCGGUGCACUUGAACUUUUCUUUUAAGCUGUGGGGAUGGAGGUCGUCUGCAAGCUCCAAGCACAGGCGACAUUAACUGUGACUUCCUUUUUUGGGGAAAUUAUGCAAAAUUGAGUUUUUACUAAUCACCUCAUCUAUAAGUCAGACAUGUCAGUCCUAAGCUACCUGUUCCACUUAAAAAUACAGUUUGCAAGUUAGAGUAUAGAGAGGUUAAUGAUGUUUGUAUGCAUGUCGGCCAUAUUGGAGACUGUAUGGAUGAAAUGUGUAAACUGCAUCUUGAAUUUUUUUUCUGCAACUUUAGCACUUUGUAGUGUGUUUACUGUUUGUAACUGAGUUUGAAUGAAGCCAUGAUAUUGACAGUUAAAGCUGUUGUUUUGUCAAAAUUCUCAUGAAAUAUAAUUUUUUUUGUAGUCAUUUAAUAAAUACUUUAGAUGACUAACA